AUGGUGUCCAUGAAGACCAUCCUCCUCGGCGCGGCGGCUGCCGUUGGCGCCCUGGCGUUCCCCUUCAACGCCACCGAGAUCAGCGAGCUCGUCGCUCGUGGCGGCACCCCGAGCGGCACCGGCACCAACAACGGCUUCUACUACUCGUUCUGGACUGACAACGGCGGCAACGUCAACUACCAGAACGGCGCCGGCGGCUCCUACUCUGUCAAUUGGCAGAACUGCGGAAACUUUGUCGGUGGCAAGGGCUGGAACCCUGGCUCCUCGCGGGUGAUCAACUACUCGGGUACCUUCAGCCCCCAGGGCAACGGCUACCUCUCCAUCUACGGCUGGACCCAGAACCCCUUGAUCGAGUACUACAUCGUGGAGUCGUUCGGCACGUACGACCCCUCGUCGCAGGCGCAAAAGAUCGGCAGCAUCGACGUUGAUGGCAGCACCUACACCAUCGCCAAGACCCAGCGUGUUAACCAGCCGUCCAUCGAGGGCACCAGCACCUUCUACCAGUUCUGGUCCGUCCGUCAGAACCACCGCACCUCGGGCUCCGUCGAUGUUGGUGCUCACUUCGACGCCUGGGCCAAGUCCGGUCUCCAGCUCGGCAGCCACAACUACCAGAUUGUGGCCACCGAGGGCUACCAGAGCAGCGGCUCGGCCUCCAUCACCGUCAGCUAA